CGCACCGCCCCCGCCGCCGCCCGGCCCGGCCCCCCCCCCCCCCCCGCCCCGUUGCCACCGCCCGGCUCCCGGUGCCCCCGGACUCAUGGCCACCGCCGCCCGGCUCGCAGCGCUGCCCCGCCGGGCGCUGCUCCUCCUGAGCGGCCGUGCCCUGCACACAAGGAGACCCGCCGCAUCCCAGCGGGCGACCAACAGCUAUGUCCAAGGGACCGUAGACAUUCCGCUUCUAAACAAAACCGUGGGCCAGUGCCUGGACGAGACGGCUGAGCGAUUUCCUGACCGUGACGCCUUCGUCUUCGUCCGAGAUGGGGUUCGGAAGACGUUUGCUCAGUUCAAAGAGGAGGUGGACCAAGCAGCAGCUGGACUUCUGGCUCUUGGCCUGAAGAAAGGAGACCGGCUAGGAAUGUGGGGUCCCAACAAAUACGAGUGGGUUCUCAUGCAGUUUGCAACUGCCCAGGCAGGAAUCAUCCUGGUAUCUGUGAAUCCCGCCUAUCAGGCCCUUGAGCUGGAGUUUGUCAUCAGGAAGGUUGGCUGUAAGGCACUGGUGUUUCCUACCCAAUUUAAAUCACAGAAAUACUAUGAUAUUCUAAAGCAGUCAUGUCCUGAGCUAGAAAAUUCCAGUCCAGGGGGAAUAAAGAGUAAAAGGCUGCCUGACUUAUCCGUCGUCAUUGUGGUGGACUCCAAGCUGCCUGGCACCUUCCACAUUAACGAUGUGAUGCAGGCUGCGGACAGCAGCCACGUGAAGCAGUUAAGAGCCUUACAGCAGACUCUGUCCUGCAACGAGCCCAUCAACAUUCAGUUCACUUCAGGGACAACGGGAAGCCCCAAAGGAGCCACCCUCUCUCAUAGGAACAUUGUGAAUAAUGGCAAUCUGAUUGGCCUGAGGCUGGGGAUCACAGAGCAGGACUAUCGUGUUUGCCUCCCUGCACCCCUCUAUCAUUGCCUGGCGUCAGUGGGAGGCUGCAUGGUGACGGCUCUGCAUGGUACCUCCUGCAUCUUCUCAUCUCCGAGUUUCGAGGGGAAGGCGGCACUGGAGGCGGUGUCUCAAGAGAAAUGCUCCUUUGUACAUGGCACGCCAACCAUGUUUAUAAACAUGCUCUCCCAGCCAGACUUUGACUCCUACGACCUGUCGACUCUCCGGGGAGGAGUUAUUGCAGGUUCCCCCGUUCCCCCUGAGAUCAUGAAGAUGAUUUUAACGAAGAUGCACAUGCCAGAGACUGUGGUUGCCUAUGGGACCACGGAGAACAGUCCCGUCACCUUCAUGGGAUUCCCCGAUGACAGCAUUGACAGAAAAACCAAGACGGUGGGAUACAUCUUACCCCACACGGAGGCAAAAAUCGAAGAUCCAGAAACGGGGAAGCCUGUGCCUCUGAACACUGCUGGGGAGCUUCAGGUCCGCGGCUACUGCGUCAUGCUGGGGUACUGGGACGACCCCGACAGGACAAGAGAAGUGAUCUCCGAUGAUAAGUGGUACAAGACCGGGGACAUCGCAAGCCUGGAUGAGCACGGCUACUGCAGAAUUAUUGGCCGCUGCAAGGACAUGAUUAUUCGGGGCGGAGAGAACAUCUACCCAGCUGAACUCGAGCAGUUUCUCCACACCCAUCCCAAGGUUGAGGAGGUGCAGGUGGUUGGCGUGAAGGAUUCGGUGAUGGGAGAAGAGGUCUGUGCCUGCAUCCGUGUGCGAGCCGGGCAGAGCUGCACCGUGGAAGACAUUAAAGCUUUCUGCAAAGGGAAGAUCUCCCAUUUCAAGAUCCCCCGGUACGUCGUGUUUGUCAGUCAGUACCCGCUCACCGUCUCGGGCAAGGUUCAGAAAUACAAGCUGAGAGAGCAGAUGGAGAAGCACCUUCAGCUCUGAGCUCAGGAGGGCAGAAUUUAAAAAAAAAAA